GAAGAGACUAUCAAACUAUAACAGGAUGGCAGCCUGGAUCCUCUUGGUGUGUGCGUUCAUCACUCUGCAAGGCUCGAAGGCUCAGGAUUGUGGGGUGGCACCUCUCAAUACAAGAAUAGUGGGUGGUCAGAAUGCCCCAGCUGGGUCAUGGCCCUGGCAGGUGAGCGUACACUAUCAAUCAUCUCAUAUCUGUGGAGGCACCCUCAUCAGUGACCAGUGGGUGCUCACAGCAGCUCACUGCAUUAUAACAAACUCAUUUAGUGCAUGGACGCUCUACUUCGGGAGAGAGACUCAGGCUGGGCCUAACACUCAUGAGGUGAAACGGAGUGUGUCGCAGGUCAUUGUCCACCCUAACUACAACAAUUCUUACUUGAACAACGACAUUGCCCUGAUGAAGCUCAGCAGCCCUGUCAGCUUCACUGACUACAUCAGACCUAUCUGCCUGGCAAGUAGCUCCAGUCAGUUCUACAACUCCACAUCCUGCUGGGCCACUGGCUGGGGCAAACUUGGAAAGAAUGAGACUUUGCCAGCUAAUGCACCCCUCCAAGAAGUUCAGAUUCCUGUUAUUGGAAACAAACAGUGCAGCUGUGAUUAUAUCACAGCACAAGAUGCGAAAAUCACUCAGCAAAUGAUUUGUGCGGGGCAACAGAACAAAGGAGCAUGCCAGGGGGACUCUGGUGGACCUUUGCAGUGCAAACAGGGUUCCAAGUGGAUCCAGGCUGGUAUUACCAGUUUUGGAGUACCUUGCGCCCAGGCAGGUUUCCCUGAGGUCUACGCUCGAGUGUCUGAAUUCCAGACUUGGAUCACAAAUCAAGUAGCGGGGGCGAAUGUGGGCUUUGUGACCUUUACUUCUAGCGGCACUGACACAGACAGCAGCUUUGUGUGUCGCAGCAACAACUCCACUGGCAGCACAAACUCUGGAAACUCAGCCAAGUUUGCACCUGAGCUUGGAUUUUUUAUCUUCUCAGUGAAAAUGUUGCUAGACCGCAUUUUAGUUUAACACUAAAAAUAUCUCCUCUUGUGCUCUUUUUGUCUUUAAAGCUACAGUGUGUAAACUGGCACCCACUCCUAUGUAUUUUUAAUGACGGAACUGAAUGAAGGUCAUGAUGAUGGAUGAAUUUGUUAGAUGUAAUGGCACACUAAUCAAUGUAUAUUUAGUACAACAAAGUGUUUUUCUAUUACAUAAUCUUAAAUCUUAAUCUUAAAUACUUACAUAAAUUGUUCAAAUAAAGUAUUUUGAUUUUAAAAAACAGAGUCGAGUUUGACAUAACUGCACUGCAGUUCGGGUGCAUCAGCUUGUAAUUUUCUUUCACUAUGAUACUGUUACUGAACAUUAUGUACAAGACUGGAAGAGAUAUGCAGAAUAUAUAUGAAUAUAUAUAUAUGCUCAGUUGUAUAUGUUCGGACGUAACGUACAACAUCUACUAGAUUUUUGGUUUUGGCUUUUUGUUCUUCCUUUUAUAGAUUUUUAAUUCAGGGGCUUCUCAUGUCAUUUUAAACUUUCCCAGAACUCUGAAAUAUGAGUUUUAUUUUUGUGAUCUGAGUCUUUGAGGAGACAGGGAAGUUGUGGGUGGGAACAUUUGGGGAAGCAAUUUUUAAGAGAGGUUCUGCAUUGAUACGCUGAUGGAUGUGGUCACGAUGACUUCUGUCUCAGGCUUGUGAGCUGUUGCCAGUUAUACUCUUUGAAACCGUACUUCAUGGUCAAAGGAUUGAUCUGAAACUGCAACUCAUGCGCCCAAUGACAUUUUCUUUGUCCAAGAGAAUGGCUGACACCUUUGAAUUUGACAUGUAGCUCUUCCUGUAACGCCAUGCUCCAAUCUAAUCAGAGAAAAUGGAAAUUAUUUAUAAAAAAAACCCCAAUAUUUAAACUCAGGCUUCUUACAUAAACCUGGAUGUAUCAAGGAUUGUUAAAGUGGAUCUGUUGUGCUUAUCUCCUGUUAAGUUUGGUGAAUGUCUUGUUACAUUAAUAGAUACUCAUCAGAUACUCAUUGUCAGGGUGAUAUUUUAGGAUUGUCAUUUGUACUUGGAAACAAAUAAUCAUUUAUGCUUAGAGAUAUAUAAUCGUUUGCAUGUUGAUAAACUGUCUCAUCCUUAUUCAGGUCACAAGGUCAAGUUCAUGGGAAGGGCAUCUAAUCUUGUGAUAUAUAGUAUGGGAGGACACCUACUCUGUAUCUGCUUAAGUACAAGCGCCCUUUGUUUAGGUGGGCCGCUGGACUCCUGGCGCCAGCUUUCUGAGGAGGCGUUCACAGGGUCAUAUUUUGACACACAGCCACAUUUACACACACAUACCAGCACACACAGAUAGAUACUCUUUAUUCAUACAUAUGCCUAUUUAAGAUGUCACAUGUUGAUGAAACUAUGCAUAUUCAUGUAACCACAAUAAAGAGCAGUGCUACGGAGGGGCUGACCGAGAGUGACUGGGGUUCAAGCAGUAGGAACAGCGUUUGGUCUCGGUCAUCUCCCUCGUGCACGAGAUCA